GCCAAAAAUGAGUCGUGGAUUUUCAGAAAACAAUAACUUUCCGUAUGAUAACAAUCAAAUGGUUUUGGAUAUGAUCCUGUGCUCCCUAAUUGGUGUUCCUCAGCCUAUCAACUGGGACAGCGUGGCAAGGCUAGUUCCAGGAUAUACAUCCAAAGAGUGUGCAAAAAGGUUUGAUGAACUAAAAAGCAGUGGAAGUUCACCUGUUGACAACCAGUAUAAUCCCCUGAUGGCCGCUGGUGGGAGUCCUGUGGAAACUUUAGCUACGUACAUCAAAUCCUCCUUGCUCGAUACACAGACAGAGUUUCAGGAGCCUGCUAUUGGGCAGGAUUCCAUUACUAUAACUGGAAGGCCCAGCACAACCGCCACAAGGAAUUGUUCUUCAGAAUCUGAGAAAGGUCCUGUGCAUAAAGGUGGAGAAAGCACUGACGAAAGCCAGGGGCCAAAUAUGGUGAUCCACGUGUGCGAUGAAGCUAAAAACCUCAAAGAAGAUUUUGUUUGUCCUCGAGACCUUUUGAUUUCGGAAAUGAAGUACUUUGCUGAAUAUCUGUCAGUGGAUGCCCAGCGCUGGGAAGAGGUGGACAUUUCAGUGCACUGUGACGUUCACAUCUUUGACUGGUUGAUAAGAUAUGUUAAAAGGAACACUAAAGAUUCUGAAGCUAAUGAAAUGCCCACUUUAGAACCAUCAAAUGUCAUAUCAAUUCUUAUUUCUUCUGAGUUUUUGAAGAUGGAUUCAUUAGUAGAAAAAUGCAUUCAUUAUUGUCACAAAAAUAUGAAUGCUAUUGUAGCCACGCCAUGUAACAUGAAUUGUAUCAAUGCUAAUCUUGUCACGCACAUUGCUGAUCUCUUCACGCACAAUGAAAUGGAAGAGUUGAAAGACAAAAGGGACAAAUUUAAGAGUAAACUUUUCUGCAAGAAGAUUGAGAGACUGUUUGAUCCAGAGUACCUAAAUCCAGAUUCCCGAGGAAAUGCAGCAACAUUAUACAGGUGUUGUUUAUGCAAAAAGAUGCUAACUAAAGAAACUGAAAGAAGAAUUCCUUGUGUCCCAGGAAAAAUCAACAUUGAUCAACAUGGGAAUAUUGUCUAUGUUCAUAUAAGAGACAAAACCUGGGAAGUCCACGAGUACUUAAUUGGCCUUCAUGAGGAACUGAAAUCUUGGCGGGAUGUUUACUGGCGUCUUUGGGGGACUGUCAAUUGGUUGACCUGCUCGAGAUGUAACCACUCUUUCCUGUGUACUGAAUUCUCCCAUUGCCAGUACCAUUCGCAGCCCGUUCUCUAUCCAGGUGUAGCAAGUGCUCUGGGCUCGACUGGGACAGGAGUAUAUCCCUGUUGUAACCAAAAAGUACUUCGAUUUGAUCCUACAACCCUCCCAAAGGGCUGCAAGGUGAGGGAUCACAUGGUUGAUUUACCUUCAGGAAAUGAAGAUGGCGAUGCUUUGGCAUCUCAGACUACUAAAAUAUUGAAUGAUCUGCUCCAUCAUAGGGAUGUUAUUGUUGUUCCUUUUGCUAAGGAUGAGAAUAGUGAUUCUGGUAUUGGGCUCUGUGAUGAAAAAGGCAUUGAAUGUGAUGUGCUUGUAGAACCAAAUACGCCGUGGGGUCCCAAAACUGGAGAAAUCAAUGCUUUUCUUUCUCUGAAGAACUGGACUUUACAGCUGAAACAGCAGUCAUUGUUAUCGGAAGAAGAGGAGUAUACCACUGGCUCAGAGGUCACUGAGGAUGAAGUGGGCGAUGAAGAAGAAGUCUGCAGGAAACCAGGGAGAAAAGAGAAAUUAAAGAAAUCCUACAAGCACCCAAAGAAAGUGGUUUCUUCACCUAGUGUUCAGAAAAAGGAGAAGCCAUCUGACAAGUCAAGUUCCCGAGAUGCAUCUCCAUUCAUUGUGAGUAUGCAGCAGAACAAAUGGGAUGCCUCCAGGUCACUAAGAUUCAACCAAGAUGCUCAAAGAGAAGAUGAUCAGAGGAGAAUGUCUGAGAUUACGGGACACUUGAUAAAAAUGAGACUGGGAGACCUUGAUCGAGUCAAGUCAAAAGACAGCAAAGAAUACGCAGGAGGCAUUUAUUCUAGACUUGAAGCUCAGAUAAAGGCCUCAGCGCAGGUCAGUGCACGACAAAACAAUGCUGAGAAGAAUGCCAGGUCAAAAUCCCGUUUUGGUCAAGGCCGUCCAACAUAA